AGAACCUGAUUUGGCUCAAGGAAUGGGGCCCAGAGGGGAGGUACAAGAGCAGUCUGGUACAGUAUACUGUCUUAUCACACUUACCGACCACGUGUAUUAGGAACCAUGUUCUGUCAGGAUUGUGGCAAGAAGUCUGUUGAGUGCAUCUGUUCCCGUUCACGGAGUCGGGGGAAGGAUAAGGAGGACCCACCAGCAGCGCCCCCAGCUUGGUGGGCCGGCGCCGAAAGCAGCCUGUUGGAGAAGCAGGAGGAGAGGCUGAAGGUCAUGCGUGAUCCUAUCAAAAAGGACGUGAACGUUUUGAAGGAUGACGUCACGGGCAUCAACGAGGCACAGAAGAAGCUGGAGGAAAGGGUGGGGAUAAUCGAAGGAGGUCAGAGUUCAGACCCUUGGCAAGCAUCCUUUGUGGAAGUCAUGGGGUUGUGCAAAUGGGAGGAGAAGGACACGAAGGGGAUGACCAGGAAGGAGGCCUCCGACUUGAUAUCGGAACUGAAGGCCCAGCUCGAGCCAGGACUACGUGAACAUGUACGGGAAAUGCACCUACGGGGGCCCCGUAAUUACUCCAUCAAGGUCCCCAUCACGCCGGCCUUCCUUCAGGAGAUCCGCGGCUGUUGGAACGAGUACCUGACGAACGCGGGGAAGGUGUGGAACAUCGCGGACUGCGUUCUGUAUGUUCGAGCCGAGCGACCCCCCGAAAUCCAAGCGCAGUAUUCCAAGCUCGGCUUGGUCAAGGACUGGGCGAAGGCGAACAUCGACGCGUCCAUCGAGCAGAACGUAGGUUGGCAUCCAGAUUUCAAGGUGGAGGUGACCUCGACUGGGAUGGAGAGCGGUAUUCUUUGCGAAGUGCAUGUUGGGGAGCAUGUCUCUUGGCACGAGGACGGUCUUCGUAUCUGUGGCCUGUCAGAGAAGGCCGCCAAGGACGGAGUGAAGCACUUCCGGAGGAGGGGAGGCAAUAAAAAGCAUUAGGGGUGCCCGCCGCUGCAUGCGAGCAGUGAGGGGGGCUCCUGCCCAGUGAUUUCUUUCAACGUUCACAAAAAACCACACAGUGAGAUUCCUCGGAUAUCUCGGAGUCUGCGUCGCGUGUGCUCUGGAGAGUGUAUUGCUUGUCUGCAAGAGAUUCCCAAAUGGACAUGCGGUCGUGUGAUAAAGGGUACGGGGCUGAUAGUUCAUAGCGGCCGGACCAAACGUGCUGAACUUGGGGGGGAGUCUGGAUUCGAUUGUGGCUUCCUAUUGCCAGGGCGCCUGAAUCCACAAGUGAGGGACGAGAGGUACGGCAGAUAUUGGGGAGGUCUUGUCCUAGCACAAGGCCCACAUGGUUUCACCUUAUUCUUUAGUGCGCAUUUCAUACACAGCCGAGGGGUGGACAAUUCUGAUAAUGAUUAUGCUGACGAGGUGCGGGAAGAAACUGUUGCAUAUUUGGAAGAGUGUCGAAUGCGUUACGGA